AUGCACAAGCGGGACCUUGUUGCUGGUCUUCCCAGGGUGCUCCCUCCCCUUCCCGUCUCGCCUGCUCCUCCCUGUAUUCCCUGUGUCGAGGGACGGCAGCGCGCCGCUCCUCACUCCUCCUCCUUUCCCCCGACGACUGCUCCCUUGCAGACGCUCCACAUGGACGUGUGGGGCCCAGCCCGCGUCCGUGGUCAGGGUCAGGAGAGGUACUUCCUGAUUGUUGUUGACGACUUCUCGCGCUACACCACGGUCUUCCCCUUGCGCGCCAAGGGUGACGUCCCUGAUGUCUUGAUCCCUUGGAUCCGCAGAUCUCGUCUCCAGCUCCGUGAGCGUUUCCGCUCCGACUUCCCUGUCCUGCGUCUGCACUCUGACAGAGGUGGGGAGUUCUCCUCUGGCCUAUUGGAGGCCUUCUGUCAGCAGGAGGGCAUUGCGCAGUCGUACACGCUUCCGGACUCUCCACAGCAGAAUGGGGUUGCUGAGCGCCGCAUUGGUCUGGUCAUGGAGGUCGCCCGUACCUCCUUGAGCCAUGCGGCUGCCCCCCAUUUUCUGUGGCCGUUUGCAGUCCGAUACGCUGCGCAUCAGCUCAACCUCUGGCCCCGUGUCUCCUUGCCCGAGACUUCUCCGACACUGCGUUGGACGGGAGAGGCUGGCGAUGCGUCGCGUUUUCGGGUCUGGGGAUCCCGAGCUUUUGUCCGCGACACGUCCGCGGACAAGCUCUCCCGUCGCGCUGUCCCCUGCGUCUUCCUUGGCUUUGUCCCGGACGCCCCUGGCUGGCAGUUCUACCACCCCACCUCGCGUCGUGUCCUGGCCUCUCAGGACGUCACUUUUGACGAGUCCGUCCCCUACUACCGCCUCUUCCCCUACCGCACUGCCCCGCUCCCCCCCCCGCCUCUCUUCCUCGCUCCAGGUGCUGAGGUACCAGACCCCCUCCCCCCUCAGGGUGCCGCUCCCUCAGGUGUGUCCCAGGUAGACCCGGGUGAGCCUGUCGAGGUAGCUGUUGACUCUCGUCCUGCGUCUGGGGGUGCUGAGCCUGGGAGUGCUGAGUCUGGGGGUGCGGAGCCUGGGGGUGCUGAGCCAGGAGGUGCGGAGCCUGGAGGUGCGGAGCCUGGAGGUGCUGAGUCUGGGGGUGCUGAGCCUGCGCGUGCUACACCUGGAGGAGCCCUCUCCUCCCAGCAGCUGCAGGAGAGGUACCUCGAGUACUGCCGCCUCCAGAGAGGUGCUGCUGGAGCUCGUCCCGGUACUUCCCCUCCUACCCAGGAGCUCCCCCCCAUUCAGCAGAUCCGCGAGUGGUACACACGCCGCUGCAGUCUUCGGAGUGGUGCUCCUGGUGCUGCGGACCCUGGGGGUGGCGCUGCUGCUGGUGCUGAGGACCCGGACGUUGGAGCUGCUGCUGGAGCUGAGGACCCGGGCGGUGGCGCUGCUGCUGGUGCUGAGGACCCGGACGGUGGAGCUGCUGCUGGAGCUGAGGACCCGAGCGGUGGCGCUGCUGCUGCUGCUGAGGACCCGGGCGUUGGAGCUACUACUGGUGCUGAGGACCCGGACGGUGGAGCUGCUGCUGGUGCUGCGGACCCGCCUGGUGGAGCUGCUGCUGGUGCUGAGGACUCGGACGUUGGAGCUGCUGCUGGAGCUGAGGACCCGGGCGGUGGCGCUGCUGCUGGUACUGAGGACUCGGACGGUGGAGCUGCUGCUGGACCUGAGGACCCGAGCGGUGGCGCUGCUGCUGCUGCUGAGGACCCGGACGGUGGAGCUACUACUGGUGCUGAGGACCCGGCUGGUGGAGCUGCUGCUGGUGCUGUUGACCCGGCCGCUGGAGUCUCCUCUGCUUCUGGAGACGCUGCGCGGCUGCGACCGUACUUCGUACCGCUCCUUCAGCAGGUUCUUGGACAGGCUCCUCCUCCUUGUCCUCCUCCCUCCGUAGAGUGUCCUCUGCCUGUCCAGUCGCAGUCACAGUUACCGCCUACCUCGCCUCUCCCUGCUCCCUCUCCUUACACUGGUCCCACAGGAGGUCUUACAGAGCGUCGUGAGCCUGAGUCUCGUCCUGCGUCGCCUGUUCGUCCUGCUCGCACUGGUAGUCGUGUCCGUCGUGAGCGUCCUCCUCCUGUCCCAGGCACUCACUACAUGACUCUGCGUCCCUCUACUGCUCCUCAGCGUGUCCCUCUACCGUCUCCUCCCGCGUCUUCUUUGCCUCACGUUCCGGACCCUGAGUCUGACCGGUACCGUGCUGAGCACCCUACUGUCACGCGUCUCCUCGCUACUGUUGUCACUGACCCUACCUUUGAGUCCUCGACUGCGUCUGCUCUGGUCGCUGAGUUGGUUGACUUUGCUGCUGCCUGUCGUCUCGACUACGCUGCUAGCCUUGUUGCUGAGUCUGAGUCUGUCUGUCCUCCGUCCGUCGGGGGUGCGUGUGCUCUUGGCACGGACGUCCUUGAGGACAGACAGGAGGAGUUCCAGUGUCUUGCUGCUGCUUUGCCCCGUCUCGUGUCCUUGCUAGUUGCCCCUGAGGGAGACCCGGAUGCACCAGACAUCCCGACCCCACGCACUUACGCUGAGGCGAUGGCGGGUCCCUACUCCUCUCAGUGGCAGACAGCCAUGGACGCCGAGAUGGCUUCCUGGAAGUCCACACGCACCUACGUCGACGAGGUUCCCCCUCCUGGGGCGAACAUCGUCAGUGGCAUGUGGAUUUUCAGGGUGAAGCGGCCGCCGGGUUCUCCGCCUGUCUUCAAGGCGCGUUACGUGGCUCGAGGCUUCAGUCAGCGAGAGGGAGUUGACUUCUUCCAGACCUUCUCCCCCACCCCGAAGAUGACUACUCUUCGGGUGCUGCUGCACAUAGCCGCUCACCGCGACUACGAGCUUCACUCACUUGACUUCAGCACAGCUUUCUUGCAGGGCAGCCUGCACGAGGAGAUCUGGCUGCGCCGCCCACCUGGCUUCACUGGGUCGUUUCCUCCUGGUACCCAGUGGAGGCUUCAGCGGCCGGUCUACGGUCUCCGCCAGGCUCCGCGUGAGUGGCACGACACACUGAGGACUACACUUGCGGCUCUUGGGUUCGCGCCUUCUACAGCUGACCCGUCGCUGUUCCUGCGCACCGACACUUCGCUGCCGCCGUUCUACAUCCUCGUGUACGUCGACGACUUGGUCUUUGCCACUGCUGACACUGCAGGACUCGCCUACGUGAAGUCGGAGCUGCAGAGGAGACACACGUGCACAGACCUGGGUGAGCUGACAAGCUAUCUUGGCUUGCGGAUCACCCGGGACAGAGCACGGCGCACCAUCACCUUGACUCAGUCACACAUGGUGCAGCAGGUUCUCCAGCGCUUUGGCUUCAAGUACUCCUCGCCUCAGUCCACUCCUCUGCCUACCGGUCACUCGCUCUCAGCUCUGCCUUCGGAUGAGUCCGUAGAGCCGAGUGGCCCGUAUCCAGAGCUUGUGGGCUGCCUCAUGUACCUGAUGACCUGCACUCGACCUGACCUUGCAUACCCUCUUAGCAUCCUUGCACGCUAUGUCGCUCCUGGCCGUCACAGGAAGGAGCACAUGGAUGCCGCUAAGAGGGUGUUGCGCUACUUGUGCAGUACGUCGGGCAUGGGGCUUGUGCUUGGAGGGCGAGACCGAGUUGUGCUCACAGGGCACUCAGACGCUUCUUGGGCAGACGACCAGGCCACUCAGCGGUCGUCUCAGGGUUACACCUUCAGCCUUGGCUCUGGCUCAGUUUCUUGGCGCUCUACACGCUCUUCUUCUGUUCUCGGCUCCAGUUGCGAGGCUGAGAUCUACGCUACAGCCAUGGCUGCCCAGGAGCUACGCUGGCUGACCUACCUGCUGACUGACCUCGGAGAGCCGCCUCGUUCUCCUCCAGUACUGUACGUCGACAACAAGGCUGCCAUUGCCUUGUGUGAGGAGCAUAGACUGGAGCACAGAACGAAGCACAUCGCCCUGCGGUACUUCCUUGCUCGAGAGCUGCAGCAGCGCGGUCAGCUUUGUAUUCGCUACGUGGCCACUGAGGCCAACACUGCUGAUGUGUUCACCAAGGCGCUUCAGCCUCGUGACCAUCAGCGCUUCUGCACUCUACUAGGCCUUGUGCCUACUGGACCUCACUUGCUUACCUCUUGA